UAUAACAACCCCCAAUAGAUGUUUCUCCACCGCGACACUUUUACAGUUUAGCGCCCCAUUCACGCCAUUUCAUCAUCACACCAUCUUCCUUUGCAAUCAAGAAACUGUUUCAUAGUCUCUUUUGAAACCGAGAUCCAAACUCAACCGGUACUGUAUUCCAAACAAUUUAUGAUGGCAGGUCAAAAAUUAGAGGAGAAGAUAGGAAAAAGAGGUAGGGCAGCUGUUGUUGUUCUUGGUGAUAUUGGUCGUAGUCCUCGAAUGCAAUAUCAUGCACUCUCACUUGCUCGUCAGGAAGCUGCUGAGGUCGGAUAUGGAUGCGGAAAACUUAUCCACCGGGAUUGGAUUACCUUAGUGAGGCUUUUUAUUUGACUGUAUAAAAACUUAAAAGUGGGGGCCUUCUUCCAAGCUGGGGAGGACAGGCAUGCAGCUUUUGAAGAAUGUGACAAUUUACAAUCUUUUGCAGUGGUUGUAUCUUGCUGUAGUAUCGGAAAAUCUCUCUUUAAGCCUGAAAACGUCCAAGAAUCAGCGUAAAUCUUAGCGUUUGUCUUCUAUGUUCUAGUAAAGCCGCAACAAAGUUAUGUGCAUAUCAGCAUAUCUAUAAGCAGUUGUAUUUUUCCUUACCUGUGGUCUUGGUUAUGAUUUCAUUCGUCGUUUUUCUUUUUUCUUUUUUUCUUGUGUUGCGUGUUGAGUCGAAAUAAUGAUGAUUAAGUAACAAGUAUUGAUCUUGCAGGCUUCUCUAGAAGUGGACAUUGUUGCAUAUGGAGGUAUUCAUUUCUUGUUAUAGAAAUUGCUUAUGGAGUGUACCAGUAACUUAUUUCUUGAAUUUCAUUCUAUUUUCAUGGCUCUGAUCCGCAUGCUGCUAUUCUUGAGAAUCGAUCUAUUCGUAUUCAUAAAAUGACACAGCUUCAAGUCCCCCACGGUUUGCCAAAGAUGCUUUAUCCAGUGAUUCUUUUGUGCAAGGAAUUGACUCAGUUUUUCAUGCUUCUAUGGUUUCUUUGCUAUAAGAUUCCUGCACCAGAUGUAUUCAUAGUGCAGAACCCACCUUCUGUUCCGACUUUGGUUGCCGUAAAAUGGGCCAGUUGGCUGAGGCAUUCUGCAAUAAUUGUGGAUUGGCAUAAUUUUGGAUAUACUCUGCUGGGUUUGUCUAUGGGAAGCAGUAGCCCAUUUGUGAAAGUUUAUCGUUGGUUUGAGAAGCACUAUGGUAAGAUGGCAGAUGGCUCUUUAUGCGUUACGCAGGCAAUGCAACAUGAACUGGCUCAGAACUGGGAAAUCAAAGCAACUGUGCUAUAUGAUCAGCCACCGGAUUUUUUUCAUCCCGCUUCACUUGAGGAGAGGCACGAGUUAUUUUGUAGGUUAAGUAAAGAUAUAAGUCAUCCUCAUGGUUUUCGUGAUUUUGUUAGUUCUGGGUACAAGGAAAUGGGUGGCAAUGUCGUAAAUGAAAAUAUCUUUACCUACCAGGAUGACAGCGACAUUCGCUUGAAGUCCGGAAGGCCAGUCCUUGUUGUUAGCAGUACAAGCUGGACUGCAGAUGAAGAUUUUGGAAUGCUUCUGGAAGCCGCGGUAAUGUAUGAUAGACGGAUUUCUGCAAUCUUGGAUAAGGAUGAUUCAAAAGAGGACGGGAUGGUUUCUGAGGUCUCUCACGGGGAAAAAGAUUGCAUAUACCCAAUGCUGUUAUUCAUCAUUACUGGUAAGGGACCUGAAAGACAAAAAUAUGAAGAACAAAUAAAGAGGUUGUUACGAAGAGUUGCAAGUGACUAUACCGUAACGAAAGGCCCUUUCUUGACCUAAAAUUUGGAUUACAUUACCCCAUCAGAACUCAACUUUUGGACUGCGGAAAUGUAGUUGUAAACUCUCAGGAAGAAUCCUUGGCGUCGGAAUCAGUAAUACAUUGCCUGGUGAGAUGCACACAACAAACAGUAUUCUGAAUUGUAAACCAUGUGAUGUCUAGCUAUAUAAUCAUGAUCCAAGGUUAGAAAAAUGGUUAAUCUUCUGGUUUAUCUGUCAAAAUUCUGGAUAGUUAAAUUAUACUCCACGUAAAGCACUAUUACCUAAUUCAUUUCAGUGAAAAGAUUGUCUUGAGCCAA